CAGGGGUGUGGCCUCCCGUUGUGUAAGGUGGGUUCAUAAGACUGUGCUUCUGAGAGCUCUGGACCAGACCACUAUGAAUCAAGGAACAACAUCAGGAUGGUGAAAGCGACUAAGAAGACGCACAAUCUGACACAGGAUGUUGAGCCAUCAACCUCGACAUCCAAACCCAAGAAAGUGAAGACUUGCCAUCGUCAAUCCUGUUCCAAAUGUAGCAAGAAGAUAAGAAGGCCCACGGUGCAAAAGCCUAAGAAGAAGAGCAAGAAAACACUGCCAAGCAUGCCUAAAAGAAAGACUUCUAAGAAAACUACACCACCAAAAAGGACCAAUAAAGGCAAGGGGAAAGAACUAUUAUUUGGUCACUACCACCGUUUGUUGAAAGAGCUAUCAACAGGUAGUGGGAAGGAGCCCGAACAUAGCAGCACUGAGAGCUCCAGGAGUUCAACAACGGAUUAAGAAUGCCAGUAGACUCAGCAUGCCAACCAAGGACCUGGGGAUCUGUGAAAAGGAUUGGCAGCUGAGCAAUGCUAAACUGUGUAGUCUGAUCUGUGUAGUACUACGCAGUGCUUUGACUCUGGUGAAAAUAAAGUCAAUCUGAUAUG